AUUCCCUUGCGGAACGGAAAGCUCGGUACUUUGAUUCAACGAGCACAUUUUUUUGACGGACUUAGAGGCUGUCGUGGUACUGUAACUAAACUAAGGGUAAUAAAUCGCCUACACGACAGCAGAAAUGCCCAAAAAGAAAACUGGAGCCAGGAAAAAGGCUGAGAGCCGUAAAGAGAGAGAGAAACUGAACCGAGCUAAUCGGGAGCAGGUUGACGUGGCCAAACAUCCUUGUAACUCCAACAUGGAUUGUGACAAAUGUCAAAGAAAACAGAAGAACAGAGCAUUCUGCUAUUUCUGUAACUCAGUGCAGAAGCUGCCUGUCUGUGCUCAGUGUGGUAAGACCAAGUGUAUGAAGUCUUCAGAUUGUAUCAUUAAGCAUCCGGGGAUUCACACCACUGGAAUGGCCAUGGUGGGGGCAGUGUGUGACUUCUGUGAAGCCUGGGUUUGCCACGGUAGGAAAUGUCUGAGCACUCAUGCCUGCGUGUGUCCCCUGACUGACGCGGACUGCAUCGAGUGUGAGCGAGGCGUCUGGGAUCAUGGGGGUCGGAUUUUUCGGUGUUCCUUCUGUCAGAACUUCCUUUGUGAGGAUGAUCAGUUUGAACACCAGGCAAGCUGCCAAGUCCUUCAGGCGGAAACUUUUAAAUGCGUUUCCUGUAAUAGACUGGGACAACACUCAUGCCUGCGCUGUAAGGCUUGUUACUGUGACGACCACGCCAAGAGCAAGGUCUUCAAACAGGAGAAGGGCAAAUCUCCACCGUGUCCAAAGUGUGGACAUGAGACACAGGAGACAAAAGACCUCAGCAUGUCCACCCGCACCCUGAAGUUCGGCCGCCAGGCUGGAGGCGACGACGACUACGACGACGACGACUACAGUGGAGCGUCAGGGUACGACGCCUACUGGAAGAAUUUGGCAGCCGGUGGCGGAGGAGGUGCACAAGAAAACUAUGAUGAAGAUGAUGAUGAUGACUAUGAGGAAGAUGAUGAUGAUGAAGAUGACGAUGAGGAGGAAGAGGAGGAGGAAGAAGAAGAAGAAGAAGAAACACCCUCCGGGUCCCUGGCUGGGCUGAAGUUGGACGGCGCUGCCUGAAUUAAAAUGCAACAAGCUGCUGUUGGAGUCCUCCACAGUUCUGUUGAUCCCAGUGAUCCUCAGCUGCAAAACAUGAAAAAAAAAAAAAACUAAAAGCUCUCCAGAGAAUCCACAACAUAGUUUCAAUGGCUGUUGAUAUCCAGUAACUUUAGAGGAUUAGGGUACAAAUUCUCAGUGACUGAAUAAAAAAGGUAAACAAGUUGA